GGACGUGUUUUAAGAAUGAAGUUGUUUCGUGUUUCGCGUUGACUGUGGACUGUUUUUUUUCUCUCCUGAAUAACUGUGUUGGUGUUGGUUGCUUCCACCCACCUUUUGCCCGUCCGUGCGCCGUAUAGUGCACUGGAAUCAAUCGCAUACUGGCAUAGUGAUGAACUGCAAGUGACCGUGUGUGAAUACAACAGAGCAGCAGUAGCAGCAGCAUAUGAAUUGCAAUUGCAUAGGGGCAAGUGAAACAGCACACCCGUUUGCUGUGGUGGAUCGAGCGAGAGGGCAUCUAAUAAUUUUGCUUGCCUCUUGGUUGGGUUUGGAUUCUGGUUUCGAACGCGUUUGUGUUGGUAAUAACAUCGUGUCGCGUUUGUGAAAAUUGUUCCGAACAGACAUUGCUUGCUGCUGUGCUGGGCUGAGUUUGAAUUUUGUCCCGUCGAUUGUUGUACAUACCCCGCGCAGUCGAAACGAAAGUGCAUCGUACAAAUCCAAGGUUUCGCAGAUGUGGUAAAUCCGGCAUGUGAUUUUUGAAAUUCCAAAUCGGCUUUUUGUGCUGCAUAAAACAAUGUUCAAUAUGUUUUCGGGGGCGCGGGUUGCGACACAGUUGUGAGAUUAGCAGGGAAAAUCAAAUUUUCUUAUGGGAUAAGUUUCUCCGCGCAGUAAUAUGUGUGUACUGUGUAUGGUAAUCUACACGUCCCGAGCUUGAGCUGUGUGCAUAGUAAAUAUCGAUGAAUGGCUACCGAAUUUACGGUAAAACAUCCAGUUGGUUGGUCAGUUUAAAAAUUACGUUUUCCGGAAAAAUUUGUGCCGAAAAAGGAAGUUUCUGUGUCAACCAAAGAAUGAUUGUUUUCCGAUGUGACGUAUGGUGAAAAAGGGUGUAAAAAUUGUACAACGCCUAUUCGACAGUGUUGGUAAAUCCGCGCAGAAGGUAGAGCAACAAUAACGUAGGUGCAUGUGUGUUUGUGACCGUGUAUACCUUGCAGCCGAAACAGCUCUGCUGAAGAAAGGUGUGUAAUUAUUAUUACAAAAUGAAUGAAAUUAAAAAUAUUGAACAAAAGUGAAACGAAUUCGAUGUGCGAUUAGGAAAAAGCGUGUUGAUUUGUCCGUCCAUCCAAUUGUGAAAUGUAUAGUGAAGAAAUUGUGCAGUACAUGUUACGGAAGAAAUAACAUAAAUACAAAACAUAUCAACGGUGUUUCUAUUAUCCUCUGGAUUACCUACUGAUGUAAGCUUUCGUGGCGAAGCAAUUGUCGAUCUAAACAAACAAUUGAAAAAAUAAACAUAGCUGCUCGGUUUAGGCUGCAAAACGAAACCGUGAAUUUUUGAAGGUGGUGGCCAUUGGAAGCUUUUCAUUAAAGCACGCUGUGAGAACACCGUCGACGGCAGGCAGCUGGCUUUUGAAUCGGAAAAAUCAGCAUGCCCUUCUCCGUCUGACCACAUCGUCGCGCACCGUGUUCCGUAGUCGAUCAGAACUAACGCUGCCUGCUGAAAUGGCCCGUUGCAUCGUGGCUACUCAAACAGGUUCCCCCAGAAGCAACAGCAGCAGCAGCAGCAGCGACAGGACGAUUACUCGCCGCAGAAGGAUGUCGGAUUUCAAGCUGAGCCGCAGUGAGCAUGAUUUGUGAGUUGAGUGCAGUGCGACUAGGACACCCGCUUGAAACGACAACGACGUCGACGAUGAUGAGGAUAAUCCUCUAGGUUAGAUUGAUGGUUUCCUCCAGCAAAGAAGAAAAAGCAUUGAGAGUUUUUGUGAGUAUUCGCGGUUCAGAAAACAAGCUAAAAGUUAUAAGUUCAAUGUGAAAAAGUGCCAACCUGUGUCAGUUUCAUGAUAUUUGUGUUCUUCCGGCUGAGAUAACGGUGAGGGGAAGAUGAAUUCCGUAUUUUCCGCAUUCAAAUCUUCCGGCAAACAUGACGGCAAGCAAAAGUCGUCGGGUGGCAAGAAGAUGGCUCAGGAUCCGCCCAAUAGCUAUGAGAAGUUGCGGCAUAUACGGGAAAUUAGCGGCAACAAGAUGAAUAACCUGGUCGUAUUGGAUCCGGUCGAAACGAACGGCGGAUUAGCAGUGCCGUCGCCCUGUGCCACCACGCCAGUGCAGAGUCCUUCCAGCGAAAAAAGUUUAGAUCUGGAAGAUCUCGGCGAGGACCAGGUGGAUCGGGCAAUAAUUGAAACAACUGUGGAAAACGGUACGGACCAGUCGCAACUACCUUCUGUCGCAGCGCCGACAGCAACCGCAAAGGCUGACACAUCGAGUGAUAGUUUAACUGAUAGUGUAGUAGUGAGCAAGCCCCCGUCGGGAGCAGCAGCUGUGGCGGCUGCCGCAGCCUCCACAGUGACUCCAGCAGCAACAACGAUCAAUGGCAGUGGUUCGGGAGUUGCCAAUUUUGCCGUCCCUGCCGUUCCAUCAUCAACCAUUCCGACCAGCAGCAACAACAGUAGCAAUCAGUGGAAUGUCGUCAGUGCGAGCGCUCGCUUCCACAAACCGAGGCUCAGCUUGAGCAGCAGCCUUGGGCUAACCGGUAGUAGCAGCAGUAGUGGUGGCGGCAGUGGCAGUAACGCGAUGCCUUCGGUGCACGGACGUACCGGCGGGAAUGGCACAACGGGCAGCGGCCCGGGCGGAAUGCCACAGAAAACCAGACUGUCGACGCACCAAAGAAAUCUUAGCUUAGACUUUAGAUCAAUGGGAAUUCUAUUACCUCCAGUGUCACAGGUGACCAAUACUCGAAUCAACAUGACUCAACAUCACCGGAACCGAAGUUUGGACAGUGCUCUACAGAGGAUACCCGAGGUGGAGGUAUCGUCCCCGAGCGCCGAAUCGGAGAACACACUGUGCACAAACUCGAUCCUCGGAGCGACGAUGUGCACCAAAAUCAUCCAAUCCUCGUCGACGAAUCCGACCAACACACCGGCGAUUACGAGAGGGGGUACCGGUGCCGGCGGUGGUGGUGGGGCCUCCGCGGAAGGACUGGCAGGCAGCUGCAGCAGCAGUCGCAGCAGUGCACCGACAGUGAUCGACGGAAGCGGAGCUGGAUCUGCGCUUGUGUCUGGUUUGCGAACGGGGAAAAGGGAAAAUGAAACCCUCGGUGGUAAGGAAAGUGACAGCAAGAAGAGAGAAGACUUGACCAGCCUGGGAUCGGACGAUUCUGGCAUCAUUUGUGGAUCGGAACCGGAUCAUACAUCACUGACCAGGAUUCGUCGUUCGCGUGAAAGCCUCGAUUCCGGUGAAAUAGACCCGUCGGAAGAGGAGUGCAUCGAAAUCCUCGAGACGACAUCGAUGGACGAAGAGUACCGGAUGUUGCAGUCGGAUCUGGGCUUCUAUCCACUGACUUUGGGUUGUGGUCCAGGAACGAACAACGGCAGCAGGAGUUUUCCGAACAAGGACAACCGAAGCGGCAAAUCGGUCGAUGGUGGUAACAACAGUGGAUCGUCUUCCUCUUCCGAAGAAACCGUUAGCGAUAAAGUUCGCUACCGGGAGCAGAACAUGAAUAAGGCUGCCAUCAUGUUGGAGAAAAUUUGCGUUCCCAUCGAGUACGAGGAUAAUCCCGCCGGUGGCGAUGGGGAAGAUGAAAUUGACGCCGCCACUCCGAUCGUAGAAGAGGACAAAACCAUUCUGGCGGAUGCGACGACCCCGGUAGGAGCCGAUGCGAAGGAAAUGACAGCGGCUGCCGCUGCGAGCUCAGCUGUGCCAACAAUUACCACUACCAGUGCUAGUAGUAGUCAAAAGAGCGACCAAAAGAAUGACAUAAUUUUUCGAAAUUUUUUCGGUGCCACCAAGAAUGCCAUCUUCCGGACGGCCCAAAGUAUCAUUGAUAAUCACGAGAAGAAGAGUGCAAAAAAUAAGGAAAAGGAAGAGGAGAAAGUUAAAUCACCAACGGAAAUAUCGAAGAAACGUGAAUUCAAUGUUUUACGGUCACGGUUGAAGAGCAAGGAAGCUAGUAGCAACAACAGCAGUAACAACAACAACAACACUACCACCAACAGCAGCAGUAGUAAUUCAGCAAGUGCAACGAAUGCCACCACUAACAGUUCCAGCAGCAGCGGCAGCAGUAACAAUCAACUAUCUCCGGAGCCGCAACCAUCGCCCGAACCGGAAGUCAAAAGUCUUUCAAAAUCAUCGUCCACGAAUUCGCUGAAGGUGCCCGGCGUGGCAGUACCGACCUGUACCAAUCCGCGAGAAAUCAUCGAACCUCAUCUCAAGGCCGAACGAGGCCAGAGUGGACUGCUAAGGUUUUUCGAAUCACCGGUUUUCAAUAUCCACUUUGCCGUCCAUUACCUUUUCUACUCGAAGGAACCUGGCGUUCUGAGCUUUAUUGGCAACAAAUUGUUUAGCUUCCCCUACACUGAGGUGGACCUGUAUAUUCCUCAACUGAUCAUAAUGUACAUGCAAAUUGAGGAGCUUUCUGAGGUGCUCGAUCCCUAUCUAGUCUAUCGGUGUCGACAGUCGGUAGACUUUUCCUUACGAUGCGUUUGGCUGCUGGAAUCGUACAAUUUCAAUAUGGGAAUGAGCAACAGCGGCAGUUUAAAUCGAAAGCAUCUGACACUGCUAAAGGAGCUGUACCCGAAGCGGGAACGAAGACAGCAGCUCCGACUGAUGGAACCAAUUGUAGACACCGUCAAAAAGACUCACCAUCGCUCGCAGUCGGAUGCCACCGGUCUGAUGGGAUCACUUUCAUCGAACCCGAUUCUUUAUCCCACCCCGCUGAAACCUCUCUGCUUGGGAGAUCUCAGCAGUGGCCGAGCCUUCGAUAAUGGGUGUGUUUGCUUCGAAUCUGUUCGGGGGACGGUCAACGACUUGCUUGGCCAGCAGACGGUUUGCUCCUGUGGUGCUCCCAAACUGGUGCCGGAGAAGGAAUUCAUGAAGGCUCUGAUCGACAUCGGUCGUAUGCUAACCGUCCUACAGACCAAGAUUGAAAAGACUUCCCGCCUGCGGAUACUGCUUAAUUUAAUCAACAAGAAUCUUCCAGCUCGUGUUUGGCUUCCACUGCAUUCCGAAACACCGCACCACGUAGUGCGAAUAACCGAGGAAAAAACGGCCGUCCUCAAUUCCAAGGACAAGACUCCCUACAUCAUAUACGUGGAAGUGGUCGAAGUGAACGACAUCUAUACGUCUCCUGUCAUUCCGAAAAUGAUGCCAACGCUGAGGCAUACCAAGAGCGAAGAACGGUUGGACAGUGGAAUGAAACCAACCGGAACGGGGGCUGCGGAAGCGAGUGCGUCCGGCAGUGCAAUUGCUGCUGCUAAUGGGCACCCAACAUUAAAGCAGCGCGAUUCCCGGGCUUCCGAGUGCUCCUCAUCCGGAGAAGUGGCCACGCCUAGCAUCGCCUGGGGCAUGCUGGGUGCCAUGUGCGACUACAGCUUGACCGAGGAUGACGUCUGGUCCCAGGAGGACGACGAAAUCACCGCACAAUAUCUGAAUCUGCAUAAGAGUCUCUCCGAGCGGGAUGCGAUCUCGCAGUUCUCGAUGGAUUCGUACGAUUCGAGGGAUCACGGUGCUCCCGUCCUGUUCAACAUCGGCGACGUUCGGAGUCGUCACUGUGCCAAUCUCAACACUGAGAACACGAAACCGUUCAGCUUCGAUCCGGAGGAUCCGUCGGCUGCCAUCUUGAAGGAACCAUGGCACGAGAAGGAACGGCAAAUUCGGGAAAGUUCGCCCUACGGUCACUUGCAGAGUUGGAGGCUGCUUUCGGCUAUUGUCAAGUGCGGUGAUGAUUUGCGGCAAGAACUGAUGGCGACGCAGCUUUUGGAGAUGUUCAAGCUAAUCUGGCAGGAGGAAAACGUCGACCUGUGGGUGCGGCCGUACAAAAUCGUCUGCCUGUCGAACGAUUCCGGGUUGAUCGAACCGAUUGUAAACACCGUUUCGUUGCAUCAGAUUAAGAAAAAUAGCGCCAAAAGCCUCGGGGAUUACUUCCUGGACGAGUACGGCGGUGACCCGGAGUCCGAGCAGUUCCGAACGGCGCAGCGAAACUUUAUGCAGUCCUGUGCGGCGUACUGUUUGAUUUCCUACCUGUUGCAGGUUAAGGAUCGUCACAAUGGCAACAUACUGCUGCACGCCGACGGUCACCUGAUUCACAUCGAUUUUGGCUUUAUUCUCAGUAUAUCUCCGAAAAACUUAGGUUUCGAGCAAUCGCCAUUCAAGCUGACGCCCGAGUUUGUAGAUGUGAUGGGUGGGCCCUCUUCGGAGCUGUGGCUCGAGUUCAAGCACCUGCUGCUGGAAGGUCUCAAAGCAGCCCGGAAGCACAUGGAUCGCAUCAUAAAUAUUGUUGAGAUUAUGAGAAGUACAUCUCAACUGCCAUGCUUCAAGAACGGCUGCUCCGGAACGGUGCGCAAUCUGCGCAACCGGUUCCACAUGAACCUCACCGAGCAGGAACUGGAACGCAAGGUGGAACAGCUGGUGCUGGAUUCGCUGAACUCGGUCUCGACCAAGCUCUACGAUAGCUACCAGUACUUUACGAACGGCAUUUUGUGAGAGCGAUUUUUCAUGAAAAUCUAAACAAAAAAACAAGGAAAAGUCUGCCGUUUUCAGUCACAGUAACACUUAUGGCCAUAUUACCUGCGAAAAGCGCGGAAACAAUGAAAAUGCGAGAAAAGAGUACAAAAAAUGUUUCUAUCGGUGUUUUUUUGCUGAUCCUGUCCAGUGUCCAGUGUAAUGGAGAAAAAAUGAUACACAGUGAAAUAGUUUGGUCAGGAAUCGCUCUAUCCCACUACGUUUCCUUAACCAAUAGAAGUGACGUGGUAACCCUUGUAAAUGUUUUGUAAAUAUAGACAGGAAUCCGGAAUCUAUAACAAACGAAAUUGGCUAGUUGUACAGAUGAUAGGCGGGUAGCAUUUUGAAACCAUCAGAAGUUGGAGGGGUUUUUCUGUGAAAAACCACAUUUUCGCUGAAUAACGUUUUAAUCAUAGACAUAUUUUUUUCUGUGUAAAAUAUCGCUAUAUUUCUUCAUUACUUACAAUACCAAAACCGCGUUUUACAAGAAACAAAUAAGAAUGAAAACAAUGCAAACAAACAAACAAAACAAAACAAUUCACAACUUAGUCUUAAGUGUCGUACUGUCCGGUAUAGAGGAAGGGAUCAAGAAGCGGUAAGAUUGAAACAACUUUUUGCGUAUAUACUUUUAGAUUAGGCUGAUUAAGCAGCAGAGGAGAUCAAUUCCAAUAAUCAAACGGCUAGGUUAGAGAGAUGAAAACGCAAAACCCUGUUUGUGCUGUUUUCCCGCUAAAUUAGGUUUAAUUUAAAUCACAGCAUCAUCAUUCGCAUAACACGGUUCGAAGUUAAAUGGCAACCUAUAAUUUAUAUACUCAUUAUAUUUAGCUAAUCUUUCAAGCGCGGUAUACCUCGGGCAGAGGGUUACAAGGAAAGAUUCCUUUCUCGGUGCAGACCAAAUCCUGUACUUGUACAGCUUUAUGGAUUAUAGAAACCUUUAUAGUGAUGGAAUCGGUUCCAUCUUUUUGCGAUACAUGCUUAUUAGGAAUCGGUAAAGGCUUGUUAAUUGUUGUGCAACAGUUGAACUUUCAUAACUAAAACCGAAACCAGCAUUUGUUUUGCCGGAAGCGAAAAAGUGACCGAAUGAUGAUUAAAGUCUACCAAACUUCAUCACUACUCUUCAGCAGACAGGUAAGUAAAAAAAACUGUUCCCUCUUUACGCGGCCACGGAUGCCAAAUUACCGCAUAAAAAAAACAAAACCUCGUUCUAUUCUAUUCUAUUCGUCGCAAUUUCAUGUUCGCUUCGGUGUAAAUAUGUUAGCUCCAGAUCCAGAAAGUUCACGUUUAACGGGGAUUUGAUUUACAAUCUAUGAGACACCCCCGCAGCAAGGAGGGGAUUUGUUAUCCUUAUUGUGCAUUCUUAAUCUAAACAAAAAAUAUAGUUGAAAGACAUGCUUCUAUAAAAUAUACAAUUAAUAUCUAGCCUAUCAGAAUAUUAUAUUUCUAAUCGAUUCAUGGAAUCUUUUUGAUUUUAACUCUACCAAACUGAUAGACGUAUACAAAUAGACAAAUUCUACUUAUCUACUAUCGAUACUAAUAAAUCACACACACACACACACAUCUAUCACACAAACACUUACACCCACACACACUUGUAAGAUGUACUCGAAAAACAAUCGCAAACUGUAAUGCUGCGGUGGCGAAGCAGCAGCAACAGCAAAUACUCGUGAGUGUUGAAAAGAGAAAACUAGUAGCAACAGCAGAAGAAAAACUUCCUAUGUUUCGCGCGUAUCGCAUCUUAUUUUUCUCAUCCAAUUCGUUCAUCGAUUCAUGCAUGCACUGCAUUUGCACAGCUCAGCAGCUCAGUUUAAAUCAAAUAAUUGCUGUUGUAGUUGCAUCCAACAUAGAAUUAUCAAAACAAACUAAAAAAAACGGAACAAGUAAGACAGAAGACUGCACAGCGCAGCGAGAUGCGGUGGGUGGUUGGUUGGUCGGACGGAACAGUCGAAAAAAUCGUAGAUAGCUUUUUCAUAUAUAUUAUAAUUCUAUUAGAGAGUAAAACUGCUGCGAGUAAAAACGGGAUUCAACUGUGCGCGAGCAAGCAAGCAACAACAACGGAGGUUGUUAAGUAGAAAGAGCAAACCGCGCAAGUCGCAGAGAAAAGAAGAAAACAAAGUCCUAUAUUUAUUAUUUUGUAACAUCAGCAAUCGCGAAAACAAAACAAAAAAACAACGGCAAACAUAAGAAGAAGAAGGUAGAAAGAAAAAGCGCGUACGUAGUGAGGGGGAUGAUGCGAGUGGGGGGGAACGAACUUCUUCAGCGCUAUCCUUAUUAAUAGGGAAGAUCAUUAAGAUUAGUCACAGUAAAUACUUGAUAGCGAAUAAUCUUACAGAAAAAAAA